AUGACUGCUGACGACGUCAGAAGUAGAAGGCUAAUUAUAGCUGGAGAAAUUGGAAAUGUGAUUUUGAUAGGGGUACUGUACCUGCAUGCCCUGCUAUGGUUGAAUACCUUGAACUGUGAGAUUUCUGAAUUCAAAUCUAACGAUCAAACUAGAAUCAAACGAAGUUCCAAACAUUUGCCAGUGGAUCUGGAGGACUACACAAUUAUCAUAGGACAGGAUACAAUUAUUCCAAGAAAUGUCCUGGAUCGCUCGUGUUCUCAAGUUCACCAAUUCUGUUCUGAAAAGAGUCAACGUCUCACUGGAUUCCCUGGAGCACGUGGAUCUCCAGGAGACCAAGGACCAGUUGGACCACCUGGGAGACGUGGUCCAAUGGGAAUCGUAGGACCCAUUGGGUUGGUUGGAGAGCAUGGAAGUCUUGGAGAAGCUGGAAGGGAUGGGAAAUGCAAUUGUCCAUUUCCGGAUAUGUAUGUGCAAAGGGUGCCAAUACCAGGACCACCGGUUAUUAAGAUCGAAGAAAAAAUGGUCCCAGUGCCUGUAGUCGUCGUCAAAGAGGUUGAAGUCACCAAACUGGUCCCCUUCGAACCCACACCUCCUGGAUUCGGUCCUCCAGAAGGAUGGGCUCCAGGAAUGCCAAAACCGGGAAGAACUCGAAAACUUCCAAGAUACUCUACAGUACGACCACCCCCAACUCCAAAGCAGAAGACUACAAAACCACCGAUCCACGUGUUACCGACAGAAAAGAACAUAACCAUGGAUGAAUGGAAUGCCGAGAUGAAUAUCAGUACACCUAGGCCAUAUAUGGGACCACCGACCCUGGGAUACAAUCGGAAGGAAUGCAUCCUGGCCGCCGUCGGCAUCCCAGUCCUUCAUGCCGAAUCCCAAUACGGUAGAGUCGGCUCCUGGAUGCGUGACGCUCUUCCAAACUCCAUGAAAACCGCGAAACGACGUUGGGUGACUGACGGAUUCGCUAGUCCAGUGCUCUACGAGUACGAAGAUGAACGGCAACUACUGGACAAGGUUCAGAAGAUCAAGUACUACGUGGAUUACUUGGCUUCAGGGACUGGAAAUGUGGUUUAUAACGGAAGUUACUAUUAUCAUAAACAUGGAACUACAAGUUUGGUUCGAUAUGAGUUGGAGACUGGAGUUCAGGUGGAGAAGGAGCUGGAUCCGGAGAUGUCGCACGUGGAUUGCGGACGACUUCCAGAUCAUACAUUUGAGGAGUGUAAUGCAACUGAUAGACAUGUUUGGUUGUAUGAUAGACCUCAUAACUACGUGGAUUUCGCUGUUGACGAGAAUGGUCUCUGGGUGAUUUACGCUGGCGCCGAUUCUGAAACCAUGAAAAUGGCAAAACUAGAACCCGACCUCUAUAUGGUUGGAAAGUGGGAUGUAGAGGUUAACACCACAGAUAUUGCGGAUUCAUUCAUAAUGUGUGGAGUUUGGUAUGGCUUGAAAAGUGCAUGCAAUCUACAGACACAGAUUACUCAUGCAUUUGAUUUGUAUAGAAAUGACACUAUCCCAGGACAAGUGGAGUGGUAUAACCCGUACCAAGGACUCACCAUGCUUCAUUAUAAUCCAUUGGACGCCAGAUUGUACUUUUUUGAUAAUAGUAGUCUUCUCUCCGUGAAUGUUCGAAUUGAAGAAGACUUGCCGGAGUAUAUCGAUGAUUAA